AAUCACAAGAAGAAGAAGAAGAAGCUGAACUAAUUACUCACAAAUGUUAAGUUCAGGCAGCCUUAGUUUGACAGUAGGUGGUGUUCCCAUUUCCACUCAAUAUGGAGCUUCAGUGAGAUCACCCUCAUUAUCUUUCCCCACGGUCUCCCAAACCCACUUCAAGAAAUGCCCCACCAGAAACUCUUCUUCCUUCAAAACUGCUGUGGCUUCUAUUGAAUCUAACCAACUCGGUUCCUCCUCCAAUCCUCCUCCUGAAAAGGAGGAAGCCAACAAGUAUUAUUUUGUUGUUGCGAAUGCGAAAUUCAUGCUCGAUGAAGAGGAGCACUUCAAGGAGCUCAUGUUUGAGAGGCGUCGAAACUAUGGCGAACGUGAUAAAGAGCAGGAUUUUUGGCUUGUGAUUGAACCGAAAUUCUUGGAUAAAUUCCCCAACAUUACUAAAAGAUUACGCAGACCUGCUGUCGCUUUGGUUUCAACUAAUGGCCCUUGGAUUACGUUUAUGAAAUUGAGACUGGACCGUGUUUUGUCGGACGUAUACGAAGCUGACAGUCUAGACGAAGCUCUAGCCUCUAAUCCUGCUACAUUAGAGUUUGAGAAGCCAGAAAAAUGGGUGGCACCUUAUCCUAAGUACGAAUAUGGAUGGUGGGAGCCCUUCUUGCCCACUGGAUCAAAAGAGUCGAAAGUAUAAGACACCUAUUCCUUCUCUUUUUGCCCUUCUUUUUUCUGUUAACGGUGAGGAAUUUUCUAUGUAUUAGUAAGUAGCAACUGACAGUUGGAGCUAGUGGGGUUUGCAUGCAAUAGUGAAGACAGUUGAUAUUUUUUUUCUCAAGGUUAGUGCUUCAGGACCUAAAUUUUAGUAGUUGGUAUUUAAUACUUUGAAGAAAUCAAUUAUAUUCUAGAAGUAACAUUGUUCACAACCAA